AUGUCCUGGUUUAGCUCUUUAUGUUUUUGUUAACGUCAAGUAAUUCUCAUCACUGUAACUUAAUGGCUGUUGCUUCUUCUUCCGCUUCUCCUCAAGAAAAGUACGAUGUUUUCCUUAGUUUCAGAGGUGCGGAUACCCGCUAUAAUUUUACUUCCCAUCUGUAUGCUGCCUUGUGUCAAAAACAGAUCAAUGCAUUCAAGGAUGACGAAGAGCUUGAAAGAGGGGAUCCAAUUUCUCCAUCUCUUUUGAAUGCAAUUGAGCAGUCAAAGAUUUCAUUGAUCAUUUUCUCGGAAGGGUAUGCUUCUUCGAGAUGGUGCCUUGAAGAACUUGAAAAGAUUCUUGAAUGUAUGGACAAGUCUGGUCAGAUUGUAAUGCCAGUCUUCUAUAAUAUAGAUCCCUCAGAUGUCAGGAGUCAGAGUGGGACUUUUCAGGAUGCAUUUGCUAAGCAUGAAGAGCGGUUUAAGGGUGGGCAGGAAAUGUUGCAGAGAUGGAGGGUUGCUCUGAAAAAAGCUGCCAAUCUAUCCGGCUUUGAUUCAAAUGUCAUUAGGUAA